CACAAUCUCUGAACUCUUUAGUUGCAUUUUAGAGAUUGAGCACAAGGCUCUGCAAACCCCACAUCAACAAAUCAUCUGGACCUUUCUUCCUGGACAAUCCUCCAUCCGGGACAUCGUACCCGUGUGCCGUUGCAUCACUGAACAUACAACCACUAACUCUAUCACGACAACACUUCCACCUAGUCCACUUCCUGUUUGCUGUGUGUGUGCCUUUCUUGAGGGUGUCUAUAAAGUGUGAACUGCCUGGACAGUUACACCUAGAUCUGAACCAGCACCUCUAUCGGAAACCACCACAUCUUGCCGCUCUUUUUAGGCAGUGUAGCCUAGUGGUUAGAGUGUAGAGGUGGCAGGUAGCCUAGUGGUUAGAGUGUAGAGGUGGCAGGUAGCCUAGUGGUUAGAGUGUAGGGGUGACAGGUAGCCUAGUGGUUAGAGUGUAGAGGUGGCAGGGUAGCCUAGUGGUUAGAGUGUAGAGGUGGCAGGUAGCCUAGUGGUUAGAGUGUAGAGGUGGCAGGGUAGCCUAGUGGUUAGAGUGUAGAGGUGGCAGGGUAGCCUAGUGGUUAGAGUGUUCCCACUGUUCCUAGGCCGUCAUUGAAAAUAAGAAUUUGUUCUUCACUGACUUGCCUAGUAAAAUAAAGGUAAAAUGAAAAACAUCUUACAGUGUUUUGCUUUCACAAGGUAAUUCAGAGAUGCAGAUUGUAAUGUUGAUGCGAAUAGAAUGGAGUCAUGAAGUCAUUCAGAUGCCUGAUCUGCGCAAAUGUUCUUCACAACACAACAAACACAGGCUCAUUCUGUUCAGGACAACCCAGGGUAUAAUGCCAUGUCAUCUUGUAGCUGCAUCCAAACAUAGUGACUAUAAACGUUGCCUCUGUAUAUUACAGUUUCUCGAUACGGAAAUGCACAUUUGGACUCACUAGUGUUUGGCUUGCUGGCAUGACAACGAGGGCUUAUGAACAGAGAUUAUGAACAAUCUGUUGGAUUUAUGAACCCAAAUUUAAUCAACCACUGCACCGGGACCGGACUUUCUAUGAGUCUAGCGGCCAACAGAGUCUCAUACAUCUUCAACUUCACUGGACCCUCACUCUCCAUUGACUGUGCCUGCUCUUCAUCCCUUGUGGCUCUCCAUUUAGCUUGUCAAGCCAUAAGACAAGGUGACUGCGAGAUGGCUCUUUGUGGUGGCGUCAAUUCUAUCAUACAGCCGCUAGCCUUUGUCGCGCUCAGCAAAGCAAAGAUGAUUUCACCAGAAGGCACCAGCAAACCUUUCUCCAGCAGAGCAGACGGCUACGGCAGAGGAGAGGGCUGUGGGAUUAUUCUGCUGAAGCCACUAAAAAAAGCUCUCAAGGAGAAUGACCAUGUAUGGGGCAUCAUAAGCAACACUGCUGUUAACCAAGACGGCCACACAGUCACUCCAAUCACCAAGCCAUCCAUGGUCCAGCAAGAGGAGCUGCUGCGUGGAAUCUAUUCAGAGUCUGACCUGUUAUCGGUCCAGUACAUAGAGGCUCAUGGGACUGGAACUCCAGUGGGAGAUCCCAUAGAAGCAGGCAGCAUCUCCAAAGUCAUUGCCAAAGCCAGACCUCCAGGUUCAGAGACACUCCUCAUCGGCUCUGUGAAAGGCAACAUUGGACACACUGAAUCUGCAGCUGGAGUGGCAGGGCUAAUCAAGGUACUCCUAAUGAUGAAACAUGAAACCAUUGUCCCUUCACUGUUCUACUCUGAGGACAGUGCCAGUAUAGAUGCUAAAGCUUUAAAUGUAAAGAUUCCUACUAAAGCAGAAAAGUGGAGAGAUUCUAUUGCAAGAGUUGCAGGAAUAAACAAUUUUGGUUUUGGAGGAACAAAUGCACAUGCUAUUGUAAAACAACACAAGCAGUCAAAUGUUCCUCAAAAAAGUGGUAGGAAAUCACACAAUUUAUUUGUCCUCUCUGCCAGUUCUGAAAAGUCUAUGAGUAUGAUGACGGAGGACACAAUUCAACAGAUAGACAGAGACAACAAAGGUGAUCUAGAAGCUCUGGCAUACACAUCUGCAUGUAGAAGAAGCCACUUGAAACAUCGAUAUCGGAAAGCAUUCAGAACUCCCUCUCUGGCUGAUCUUAAAGAUCAACUCAAAUCUGCCAUGAAAAAGGCAACAACGCCGUCUUACUCAGAUCCCCGGCUAGUAUUUGUCUUCUGUGGGAACGGUGUAACCUAUCGAGGCAUGUGCCAGCAGCUCUUGAAACACGAGCCUGUGUUCAGAGAGAAGAUCAGCCAAAUUGAGAAGCUUUUCCAGAAGUUCAAUAACACGAGUAUCAUAGAGAGACUUGAGAGUGAAUCAGAGAGUAAAGAUCUUUCCAUCCCAGAUGUUGUCCAGCCCCUCCUCUUUGCCACUCAGGUUGGCAUAGCCAGUCUCUUCAAGCACUGGGGCAUCAAACCUGAUGCCAUUCUUGGCCACUCUAUAGGAGAGGUUGCUGCUGCCCACUGCUCUGGUAUGUUGUCCCUUGAGGAUGCAGUGAAGGUGAUCUACUUCCGCAGUACUCUGCAGAAUAAGGUCACAGGAGGGAAAAUGCUUGUGGUCAGUAACAUGGUCGUAUCAGAGGUCUUGAACCUCCUUCCCUCUUACUCAAAUAAGAUUUCCUUGGCUGCCUUCAACAGCCCACAGUCCUGCACGCUCUCAGGUGAUGCAGAUGCUAUAGACAGUCUCCAUCGAAAGCUGAGCAGCUCAGUCAAGAGUAAGAAUCUGUUCCUCCGUGUUUUGGAUGUCCCUGCUGCAUACCACAGCCAGAUGAUGGAUCCCAUCCUGUCUCAACUAGAGGACAGUAUUGGCUCUUUACAAGUCAAUGAUGUUGAGACAGAAUUGUUCUCCACAGUAACAGGAAAGGAGGUAGAGCAGCCAGACUUCAACACAGGCAAAUACUGGGCCAGGAACAUACGAGAGACAGUUUCAUUUGAACAGGCAGUGAGAUCUGCAACCAAAGCGAAAAAGAAUGUAGUCUUUGUGGAGAUUGGCCCUCGAAGGGCUCUACAAAGAAACAUCCAGGAGACUCUUGGAAAUGACACCAUAGUUCUGUCCUCAGUGCAGCCAGAGAAAGAUCAAGAGACAAUGCUGAAUACUGUGUCCAAACUGUUUGAGUUGGGGGUUCAGGUAGACUGGGAUCAGUUCUACAGAGGCCGUGAGGCUUCACCAACAUCUUUCCCAAGGUAUCAGUUUGAUUCUACUCGGAGAGAUGUUGUCUUGGCUGCAUCAAAGGUACAUCAUACAUCAGGUAAUCAUCCUGUGCUAACUCAUACAGCUAGCGAUAGCAAUACCUUCAGUUGUGAUCUGUCUUCUGACUCAGUAUCCUACCUGCAUGAGCAUAAACACAACGGUGUUGCCAUAAUCCCUGGCGCCUUCUAUACUGAGUUGGGUUUGGCUGCCUUCAUGGCCAGUGCCAAACCAAAGGUUCCACUCAACACACUGCAAGUCAGUAUCAGUUUUCAAAGUCCCUAUAUUUUCACACAGAAUGCACCAGAGAUGAAAGUGCAACUUGAACCAGCAGUGGAUGAGACCCAUUUUAAGAUAUAUUCUCCUUCCACAAACCAUGCAUCAGGCACAAUAACGUGCAAUCGAGGACAGCUAGCUGAAGAACAGAACAUUUCGCUAAGCUCCAUCUACAAAAGAUGCAAUUCAGUGUUGAGUUCUGAAAAGUUCUACACUGAAAUUGCUCUGGGUGGGUUUCAGUAUGGCGCUGUUUUCCAGAACACGGGGGAUAUACAUUAUGGUAAAGAGUUGAAGGAGGCAUUUUCAGUUGUCACAGUUCCAGAACAAUUGCUGUCUCAGUUGCAUGAAUACUGCAUUCACCCCGUAGUGUUAGACUUCCUGAUGCAACUUGCUCCUGUUACAGUAGCAUAUGGACUCUCUUCAAGGCCCAGGUUUCCUGUCAAAAUAGGCAGCUUGACAGUGUUUGCACCUCUGCAAGAGGAAAUGAUUGUGUAUCUGAAAGCAAUUGAUGAAGGUGUUGAUCAUUAUGAAGUAUGUGGUUGAUUUACAGACAAAGAGGGAAGGGUUUUGGUUGAGCUUAAGCAUGUGGUGAUUAAAUAUCUUGGGAGCCGCUCUCAUGUUGUGGAAGAAUACUUCUUCCACAAUGAAUUCAAUGUCGUCUGUGAGGAUAUCAUCUCCUCUAAUGCCAGCGAGGCACCAAAGGCCUUGGUAUUUUCCGACCAGGUAGGCCUUCCAAAAGCCAUGCAACCACACUUAAGUUCACAGUCUAGAUACAUCUCCUUCACACAAUCUAAGGAGGUCUUGAGCCAUGGAUUUCCUACACUCUUGGCAAACCUUAAUAUCACAGAUCUCAACAAACACUUCCAGGAAGUCUUAUUUGUGUGGGGUCAGGAGGAUGUGACUUCACUGAGAACUGAGUAUGUUCUGGAGAGUAUGAUAAGCUGCUGUGAGAUGCUCAGGAAAAUUGUCCUGUCAUUGAGGGCCAUGCAAUUUACAAAUUCCAUCAGAGUAAUAACCUACCGGUCGGCGGAGAGCACGGUGGACCACAUCAGCGCAGGCUUUGUCCUGUCGGGCAUGACUAGAUCGUGUGCUGCAGAAAUGGAAAAGCUUUCCUUCCAGCUGAUUGACAUCAACUCUGUCUCUACAGAAGACAUCACAGCUCUGUCUCAGGUCUUAAAGUCAUACCCUUGCAAAAGAUACCCAGAGUUGGUUGUGAAAGGUGGGCUGAUUUUGAAACCUGAUAUUGUACAUACUCCCAUUGGAAGCAUUGAGAGCACUGAGGGAAGGAUUUUCUCGUCAAUGUCUGAGCCAUGCAUCUUUCAGACAAAUGACCCCUGCAGAAUGACUAGCUUGUCUGCCAUUCCUUGUGAUGUUGACAAUACAAACAUCCAUAAGAAAUCAGUUAAGCUUCAGCUCAGUAAGAUAGGCGUUCAUUCCUCAGACUACUAUCCUGUCAGUGUCUCUGAGCUGAACUAUGGUCAGACAAUGUACUGGAACAAUCACACAUCUCAGAACCACCAGCUUCUGGCUCUUGACUUCAGUGGUACUGUCACAGCUGUAGGGAAAGAUGUGAACACACUGAAAGUGGGAGAUGACGUAGUAUCAUGUUAUCCCAUUGCUGCAUCUUCUAAGAUUGUGAUUCCUGAAGCAGCUUGCUACAAGACAAAGAGGCUCACAUUUCUGAAGGAGGCUCCUUGUGUGUCAUACUUUGUUCUGGCAUGGGAAAUACUGCACAGACUGUUACCUACCAUCAAACAACGGAGAAAGUUGAGCAUCAUCUCCUCUGUUCCUGACUCUAGUCUGCUGAAGGUCCUAAUCCAGACAGCAAACAAAUCAAGAUGGAAUGCCAUUGUAGGGACACAGUGCAGUGGAAUGUUUGCUGAUGCAAUUCUCCUCCUUCCACCAUUUGAUAAAUCUCUGUUGGCAGAAGUCAGCAAUUGUCCUGAUGUCAGACAUGUUGUCAUUGUCUGUGAAUCCCAGUCCCACUGCUUGCUUGAACAGAGUGUUUUCCAGAAUGUUAAGGAUACUGUUCACAUCCAGACUCUUCAGAUGUCCAGCAUCUUACAAAAUGGAUCACUCAUUGCCAAGAGGUCACAGAUUUAUAAUUGGCUAAAGUCCAUGCAUUUGGGAAUUUCUCUAGAGACCUCUACCUUACAGAGAAUGUCAUCCGGUAGCAUUGACCUCCUGUCUGUUGAGUCGUACUUCAGCUCAAAGACCCUGUCUGUUGUGGCGCUGGGUAAAGAUGAUUCCAAAGGCACACUGUCCAACAUUGAGUUGCUGCCUAAACCAACCCAGCUAUUCCAGAAGAAGUCUGUGUACAUUGUCACAGGUGGUCUCUCUGGGCUGGGGUUUGAAACAGUGAAGUUCCUUACUCAGAAAGGUGGAGAGUACAUCGUCAUACUCUCCAGAAGUAGCCCCACACCAGACAUACAGCAGGAGAUAGUCAUUCUGGAGAGACAAUGGAGUGCCCGUAUUGUAUGGAUGGGAUGUGAUGUCUCUGUUUCUGAGCAUGUGCUCAGAGUGAUUGGUCUCAUUGGUCAGAAGUUUCCCUCUUGUCCAAUCAAAGGGGUGUUUCACAGUGCAGUCGUCCUGCAUGAUGGAUUGAUUGAAAACCUUGACAAAUCCCACUUUGAGAAAGUCCUAAAGCCCAAGGUGAAUGGAGCUCUGAAUCUGCACCACGCCACAAAACACUGCAAGUUAGACUACUUUGUGUGCUACUCUUCCAUCUCUUCUUUCCUUGGCAAUGCCUCACAAACAAACUAUGCAGCAGCUAAUUCAUUCCUGGACUACUUCUGUCACUAUAGACGGAAUAUUGGACUAUCCGGGCAAUCCAUCAACUGGGGAGCUUUGAACCUUGGUCUCCUGCUUAACAAGGACCAUUUACACAGGUUUCUGGAGACAAGGGGAUUGAUGGUGAUGGAUGUUACAGAGAUUCAUGAGAGUUUGGAACAAUGCCUCUUGCUAAACAAACCCCAACAGGUUGUAUGUAGGUUUCACAUCAAGAACAUGGUGAGCAAUGUUCUCUCUCAAAAUGCAUCAUUGACCGUGCGUAUGACUGCACUAGUGGAUGAGGCCGGGCAAAAACUCAAAUUCCAAAAGUCACAGUCUGAACAUACCUCCGUGUCAUCUUCCCCAAGUGAAUACAUCAGGUCUGUACUCAGUCAAACAAUUGGUGUUGACAAGCAUGAGUUAGAUGACGAUUCUCCUCUCUCCGCCUUAGGCAUCGACUCAAUGCUAGCCAUGACCUUGCAGAACCUCAUCUUUCAGGAUAGGGGUGUGAACGUGCCUCUGGUUACAUUGCUGGACCCCAAUAGGACACUGUCUACAUUGGUAUCAAUGCUGAUGGAGAGUACUGAGGGUGAAUCUGAGAAUGAUGAUCACAAAGAGGACAUGACAGAUGACAUGUUGACAAGACUAUAGAGAUUCCAAUUGAACAUUUAUAAUUGAAAAUGAACAUGUAGAUAUUGGAUUUUCUAAUCAUAUUUACAUGUUUAAUCAGACAAGAGGUAGUUUCCUGGAUUGGAGAGGCUGAAAGAGGUAGUUUCCUGGAUGGGAGGGGCUGAAAGAGGUAGUUUCCUGGAUUGGAGAGGCUGAAAGAGGUAGUUUCCUGGAUGGGAGGGGCUGAAAGAGGUAGUUUCCUGGAUUGGAGAGGCUGAAAGAGGUAGUUUCCUGGAUGGGAGGUGCUGAAAGAGGUAGUUUCCUGGAUUGGAGAGGCUGAAAGAGUUAGUUUCCUGGAUGGGAGGGGCUGAAAGAGGUAGUUUCCUGGAUGGGAGGGGCUGAAAGAGGUAGUUUCCUGGAUGGGAGAGGCUGAAAGAGGUAGUUUCCUGGAUGGGAGGGGCUGAAAGAGUUAGUUUCCUGGAUGGGAGGGGCUGAAAGAGGUAGUUUCCUGGAUGGGAGGGGCUGAAAGAGGUAGUUUCCUGGAUGGGAGGGGCUGACGUGAUAGUGUCUGUGCACUCAUUGAGUGUGGUACACAUUGUACAUUCAAAACAGCCCUUCAGAGAUUCAACGGAAUCUGUGGACCAUAUUUUAACCGUUUCGGACUUUGGUUUGUUAAUUUUGAGAUUUUGUUUUUGCUUAUACGAACGAGGAGCAGCAUCGCAAGGUCAGAUUCUUAAAGGGGAGCUCCAGGGAAUGCAUGGUAAGCAGAUGAGAUUGAACUGUAUCAGUGGUCUAGAAUGGUAUCUUCUCUUGUGGGGCAUGUCACCAGUUGUUCAUAGUUAGGUAACUCGUGUGACAGGUUGAAGUGGUUAAAAUCACCGGCAGCACAUUUUGUGUUGGAGUCGGGUGAGAUCUUUCCACUGUGGAAAUGUGAUGUGCUAGUUAGCUGAUGGUAUUGCUGGCGUUAGCUUGCAGUGGGAUGUAAACACCGGUUAGCACAAUUGUCUCAAAUUCCCUUGGUAGAAUGGUCUGCAGUUCAUAGUUAGGAAUUCAAGGUCAGGGGAGCAUGGUUGAUGUUGUACUGUGGAGUUGGUACACCAGCUCUGAUUAAUCAUGAAUCAGAUACAACUGCCUGAUGGUGGAUGGUAAAAUCCAGGAGGGAAUACGGCCGAGUUUGAAACAGAUAUUGGUCCAGACAUGUCUCGAUCAGACACAUGAUUCUCUGGAAUCUCUCAUAGUUUGGAUCAAAAGCAGAAGUUCAUUUUCUAUCCCUGAGUGAACGGACAUCGAUAGCAGCAAGGCAGGCAGAGGGGGCCAGUAGAGACACCCUGAACCUAGAUAGUAUGCUGGCUCGCCUUCCAUGUCUGGGUGUAUUCCCACCUGUAGCAGUGACUGCCCAGGUAUGUUUUUAGUCAGUAAUCCCACAGGUAAAGAAAGAUGCUGUGGACCAAAGACUCCAUACUAUUUCUCCCUGAUGUUUAGAAGAUCCAAGCAACUAUAUUUGUGUAAACAUUACGAUUAUAUUUCUGUAAUGAUAUUUGUUAAAGGUGUUAUGCAAUAUUUUGUCAUUAUUACAAAAUCGACUUUUUAAAAUUUUAGAACAUGAUGUUUUUACACAUUUUUUUAUAUGUUUAUCUGUUAGGAUAUGACUCUAUUCUUAUUUUAAUCUUAAAAACAGGUACUAAUCUGUAAUGUAUUUCUUUUGUAAAAAUUUUAAUAAAAUGAUUUCAAAUUAA